CUGGUAAAACCAGCUAAGCUGAUUAGUUCUCUCUCUCUCUUGCUCACAUAUACACACUCACGAAGAAAGGCCACGGGGAAAGCAUGGCCUUUGCCACAUUCAGGGGACUUUGGCCUGGGUAGAAAGGUUUGGUGGGUUGCUGAUGCGUAAGAGCAAUGUGACUCGAGUGCGGAGUGAGCCCCAAUCCUUUCCUUUCUAACCGGGCCUUGGGUUCGCAUCGAUAUGAGCCAUCAUGUUUCGUGUCACGUUCAACGUAGUGACAGAGAAAGUUACCUUCACCUUCGCAGCCUGCCCCUCCAUCACGUGGAAGGCAGUACAGACUACUGGAGAGCUAAAUUCGCACAAUAGAUGUGAACACAAUAACCCCAAAAGAUGCCCAGAUGAGGAAGAAAGGCUUCAGUUUGGAGAGGAUGAAGAGGACAAGGCUUUGGAUGUGAGCUCCAACUCCCUCUGCCCUCAUGCAUGCACUGAAAACAUGUCCACGUACCAGAAUGGCUGUGGAAACGGCACCUCGGUGGCCUGUAUAGUGAUGGAUAAGAAAGAAUCUAGGAAUCAUGCUACCUCAUUAUGUCAUAAUGGGAGGUGUGACAUGAGCAGCAGCUAUGAAAAUGAAAUCCAGGAGGAUAAAACCAGCCCUUCCAAAAUCAUGCGUUUUUUUUCCAUCAACGUGGAAAGGCCUCACUCCUUGAUAGUUAUGGGGAACUCCUCAACGUGGAAUGCACUAUCUUCUAUUAGAAAAAUUGGAUCGUUCAAAAAGUUAAAAUCUCCGAUUUCCCCAGGAAGUCCAAACACGGAAGAUUCGGACAACUUACACACCAGCAUUUCAGAUAAUGAUAUGAGAAAGCGUGUCCCAAACAAUGCAACUGUGAGAGUUCAGACUAACAGGUAUUCUUAUUCAGGGCCCCUCCAUGAUUUGCAGAGUACAGCAGAUAACGCCUUAGUUUCUGAUAAUUCUGAUGGAGAGGAAAGCGACGAUUCCUUCCUAAGGAAUACUCGUCGCUCACGCAGCAUCAGGCGUGCCUAUGGGGUCGGCCGCAUUAAUUUAUUAGACACUGACAAAAUUCAGGAUCAACAGGACAGCACAAAUAAAGUAUCCCCUGCCAUCCAGGAACCCCACAUUUGCGAAAUCGUCGUGAAAGAUUCCGAAAGCAACAAAGUCAUCUACAGGAGGAGCAAGAGCACAGAUAACCUAAACUUUCUGAAAAAAAGUUCAUUCAAAAGGAAGUCAACCUCAAACCUCACCGACCUCAGAGUUGUAAAUGAGAAGCAAACUCCGCUGAGGACAACAAGCACUUCGUCUGCCGACUCUGACAAAACCAACAGGAACUCAGAGCGGAGAUCAAAACGCUGGAAAAGCCCCAUCAGAGCAAAGGAUUUUGACCGGGUUUUGAAGCUCGUCAGCAAUGUCGCCGAUGCUGCGUUGAAGAAAGACAGUCCGAAGAGUGAAAUUCCACCUUCCAACGAGCAGAACCAGAGGACAAGGCCAAAUAGUAGGCUGCAUGAUGAUUAUUCACGCCGGGUUUCUAGCAACAAUGAGACUGAGAAGCGGAGAUGUCCUCCAUCCCGAAGUAGUCAAGACUCAACAGUUUGCAGAUCUAGCAUCCAGAGUUCUGAAAGUGACAAUGUUGGCACAACGGUGUUAACCCUUGAUGCUGGCAGCAAUAGGAUAUCCUCUUGUGAACUCUCGGACUCUAUUUGUUUAUCCCCUCCUCUUCAGGACAUGGAACCAAUUCCAAAUGAAGUGUUUUAUGAAGACUCAGAAAGGCCCCAAAGUUCCAGCCAGUUUACAUGCAGCACCCAGCAUCCUGUCGUCCCUCCUAGACCUUCUGUGCCCAAGCCUCAGAGCCCCAGUACUGAAAACAUCAAGUGCAAUAUGAAUUCCCACUGUCCCGACCGGCACAGCACCGUGUCGCUCAGCUCAAUGGAAAGUGAGGAAAGGGGGGAGGGUCCUUCCACAAAGCUGGGAAAGAGUCCUGUUUACUUCCAGGACUCAGUGCAAGCUGUGUACUACGACGAUACAAAUGAAGACAGUGGCAUCAGCAGCCACUCCCAGCUGAGUCUCAAUUUAGCCCCGAGUGCUGAUGAAAAGAAGGAAGAGGUUGUUACUGAUGAUCACUGGAAGAAGAAUCCCCCAUUACAAGAUGAAGAAAGAACGGAUGCUCAAAAAGUCACAACUAGAAGAUGGGGUUCCGGAAAGAGAUCGCGGCCUCGACCCCUUUCAGAUUUCGGCCAGUUGGCAAUUAGGAGUUUCUCAAUACCAGAAGAUUCUGUCCCUGUGGAGACUCCAGAAGUGGACUGUGUGGAUGAUGGGAGUGAGUCAAGAUCACCUCCCAAUGACCCAUUGACUUCUACAGUAGCCAACCAAAGAGGACGCAAAAGAAGACCCAUCUCGGUCAUUGGUGGGGUCAGUUUUUAUGCCAACAAGCAAACAGAAGAAAUAACAGAUCUCCUUACACAACCAGUUGCCCGCCCUCCGGUACCAGCACAUCAGGUCCCUCCUUACAAGGCUGUCUCGGCCAGAUUCCGUCCCUUCGCCUUUUCGCAAAGCACACCAAUCGGUCUGGAUAGAGUUGGAUGCAAGCGACAAAUGAGAGCUUCUCAUGGUGCUGUAGAUGGUGGGACUGAGUCUUCUGCCUUAGUGGAUGACAAUGGUAGUGAGGAAGAUUACAGCUAUGAGGAGCUCUGCCAAGCCACCCCGAGGUAUUUGCAGCCUGGAGGAGAACAGCUAGCCAUUAACGAGUUGAUAAGCGAUGGGAGCAUGGUGUAUGCAGAGGCACUCUGGGAUCACGUGACCAUGGAUGACCAGGAAUUAGCCUUCAAAGCUGGGGAUGUCAUCCAAGUCCUUGAAGCUUCAAACAAGGACUGGUGGUGGGGAAGAAAUGAGGACAAGGAAGCCUGGUUUCCGGCUAGUUUUGUCAGGCUUCGGGUCAACCAGGAAGAACUUGCAGAAAACUGUGGCAGCCUCCAAGAUGAAGAGCCAAAUGCAGAACCUGGGAAGCACCGUCAAAAAAUGGCAGAAAACAAGGAUCAGAUGAGAACAAAUGUUAUUCGGGAAAUCAUGAAUACCGAGCGAAUUUACAUCAAACAUCUCAAGGACAUCUGUGAAGGGUACAUUCGGCAGUGUCGUAAACAUACUGGAAUGUUCACUGCAGCCCAGCUAAACACAAUAUUUGGAAAUAUCGAAGACAUUUACAAAUUCCAAAGAAAAUUCCUAAAAGAUCUAGAAAAGCAGUACAACAAAGAAGAUCCCCACUUAAGUGAAAUAGGAGCCUGCUUUCUUCAACAUCAAGAAGGCUUUGCCAUAUACUCUGAGUAUUGCAACAAUCAUCCCAGUGCCUGCAUUGAACUCUCCAACCUGAUGAAACAGGGCAAGUACCGCCACUUCUUUGAGGCUUGCCGCCUACUUCAGCAAAUGAUUGACAUUGCCAUUGAUGGUUUUCUUCUCACACCUGUUCAGAAAAUCUGCAAAUACCCCCUGCAACUGGCAGAAUUACUUAAGUAUACCACUCAGGAACACAGUGACUACAAUGACAUAAUAGCAGCCUACGAAGCUAUGAAGAAUGUUGCUUGCCUGAUCAAUGAACGGAAACGAAGGCUGGAAAGCAUAGACAAAAUUGCUCGCUGGCAAGUGUCUAUUGUCAACUGGGAGGGCCAAGACAUUUUAGGCAGAAGCUCAGAACUGAUCCACUCGGGAGAACUGACUAAAAUCUCCAAGCAAGGCAAAAGCCAGCAGAGGACUUUCUUUCUCUUCGACCAUCAGCUUGUGUUCUGCAAAAAAGACCUGCUGAGAAGGGACAUGUUGUAUUACAAGGGCCGCAUGGACAUGGACGAGGUGGAAGUGCUGGACGUUGAGGAUGGCAGAGACAAGGACUUAAAUAUCAGUGUCAAAAAUGCUUUCAAGAUUGUAAAUAUUGUUACAGAAGAGGUCCAUCUGUUCUGUGGGAAAAAACCAGGGGAUAAGAAGAAGUGGCUGGAGGCCUGUGCCAGUGAGAGGAGGCGAGUGCAAGAAGACAAAGAAAUGGGAAUGGAGAUAUCUGAAAAUCAAAAGAAGCAAGCCAUGCAAAAUGCACGGAAGUCCAGGCAUGGAAAGAUGAAAGGGGUCUACAGUGGGUGCCCAGUGGCACCGCCUCACCAGAGUUUACAUCCCAUCCACCAACGUCACAUCACGGUGCCCACCAGCAUCCCACAGCAACAGGUGUUUGCCCUGGCAGAGCCAAAACGGAAGCCAUCCCUUUUCUGGCACACUUUCAACAAGUUGGCCCCAUUCAAGAAAUGAAUGCUUGCUUGGUCGUUCCUGAACUAAAAGACCAUAUGGUAAAGAAGAGCCAUUUGCCAGCAAAGAAUUCAUUGGUUCAACUGGAAUACUAUGGAUUCUGUUUUGGUGGGAAAGGGGUAAGAUCUCCUUAACCUUUUUGCUGUAGUCUGUUGAGAAGGAUGACAUUGAGACUUUCCACUUGAAGAUGGCUGUGGUGUAAGCUGAAGCCAAUGUUGGCGCAUGUCAAUAAACAUUGCUAAUGAGGAACCCGUCACUCGGUCACAAAGUCAACUUGCUUCAAGCCUAGAACAGUGGCAUAUAGUGUCCAUACUGUACUUGUACCAAAGGAAUGGUUAAAAUCUCUAGGUCAUUUUGCCUGUCUUAAUAAUGAAUCAAUGGCCAAAUUUAGAAAUAGGAAGGCAAGCAAUUCUUUUCCCUGCACAGCAUGUUUGCAAAGCGAGGUUUCACCUUCUCUGCAGGCAAGUGGAUCUCAUGUGAUCAAGUUGCUGCUAAUGCAAGAACUGCUGAACCUCAGGCCUUCCUGUUUGUCUUAAUUUGCUAUCUUUUUUCUGUUAAUUUAACGAAGUGGGAAAAGGACUUCCUGCAAAGCCUUAACAUUUGUCCCACAAAAAAUGGGAGCAACUGUUAAUUUGAUGACGUACAUAAAUAAACAUGCAUUUUUACUUGCUGUUUGAUAUAAUGAAGGAAGGGACCCAAUGCAUUGUGGGUUUGAUUCUUACCAAAAGUGGUAUUUUUGUUGCAUGAAUUGUAUGCAUUUCAGAAACUAGUGUUGUUUUAUUUUGUUACCUGCAGCUUGUGGGAAUUGCUUCUGUGAUUUCUAGUAUGCCUGCUUUUACACUAUGUAAAACUAUGCUCAUUUUAAUGGCACUACUAUACAAAAAUACAAAUAAUAUAAAGCAACAGAAAUGUGGGAAAGUGUUCGGAGAAGGUAUAUUUUGGUAGUUAUAUCCCAUGAAUACAAACAUUCUUUUGCAUGAUUGCUAGAAAAAAACACCCCUCAAAGUAUUCGAUGUGUUUUUCUUAAUGUAUACAUGAAAAAGCUGUUUAACAACAUUUCUUGGUUUGUUGUGAAUUUUCCAAGUUGUAUGGCCAUGUUCCAGAAGCAUUCUCCCCUGACAUUUUGCCUGCAUCUAUAGCAGGCAUUCUCAGAGGUUGUGAGGUCACAACCUCUGAGGGUGCCUGCCAUAGAUGCAGGCGAAAUGUCAGGAGAGAAUGCUUCUGGAACAUGGCUAUACAAUCCUGAAAACCGACAACAACCCAGUGAUUCCAGCCAUGAAAGCCUUCAACAAUACAUUCAACAUUUCUUUGCUAUGGCAUCAAAAGGAUCCUACACCAGGGACCAUCUGGUGUCAUCGGAAAAGUACUUUGAUUAAAACUCAGGUCAAAUGGAGCCUAUUUAUGAAUUAUUAAAAUAGUAUCACUUUGUUUGGAUUCACUUUGUUCUGUGAACUGAAGUUGUUUUUUAAGAUAACUUUUACAAAAUGGUCUACUAUCAUAAAUUAAAAUUUAUGGUACGUACUACUGCUUCACUGCUGUUACAGCAUGCACCAUUUUUUUACUUAGUGGUCAUAUAUUAGUAAAACCUAUACCGGUAUGCAUUAUUAGUGGGAUAAACUGGGACGACAGACAUAUUUCAUGUUUGAUAUCUUGAGUACAAGUCAAUUCAAUUGGCAAACUUAAGUUGACAAACAGGGACAUUUUCCAGCAAGGAAGGAUUCACAUUUUUUUUUUCAAAUUGGGAAAGCAUGUUGAUGUUUUGGGUGCAAAUCUGUUAAAGUUGAUAGUUUAACAGUUGCAUUAUGUGAAGGGCAAUGGGCCAUGUUUCUUAAUCACAGGGUAAAAUGUAAACCAUGUUUGCCUGUUAGCCUAAUACUUGCUAAGAACUUAAUCCCUUUGAAUUCAAUGGCACUGCCUUUUGUGUAGACAUGAUUAAGUGUGAGCUGUUAAUUAUCUUCAUUUUCUUUUCCCUCUCCAGUCAAAGACAGCACUUUUUAGUCCAAUUUAUUUCAAUAGGAAUGUAUACUUUUUUUAAAAAAGUUGAAGUCAGUGAAAUUUAAAAGUCCCACAGUUUGGCUGGAUUUUGCUACUGUAUACAUACAUAAAAUAAAAGAUUGUUCACUUGAUUGGCAGCUUCUGUAAUAAACAAAAAUGCUAUAUAUCGAAUGCUCAUGUAUAAGUCUAGAAAUUUAAGUGAAAAAAUAUCACACACACCCCUUCACAAAACUGGAUCAACGUACCAAGGGUCAGUGUGAAUAGUGUACAUUAAAUCUUUACCAAAAAAGGACCAACCUCUUCUGAGCACUCUGUGGCAUUCACAUGACACACUGAUGGACCAAGUCACCUUAUAUGCUGGAAUCCCUGGUGGUGCAAUGAGUUAAACCCUUGUGAUGGCAGGACUACUGACCAAAAGGUUGGCGGUUCAGAUCUGGGGAGCGGGGUGAGCUCCCGUCUGUCAGCUCCAGCUUCUCAUGCAGGGGCAUGAGAGAAACCUCUGAUAGGAUGGUGAAACAUCCAAGCUCCCCUGGGCACAUUGCAGACGGCCAAUUCUCUCACACCAGAAGUGACUUGAAGUUUCUUGAGUCGCUCCUGUUACGGGGAAAAAAAGCAGAGUUGAUCAGUGCUCUGAUCAAUGGAAAAAAAUCCAUUUUAGCCUAUCUUUUGGUCCUUUGAUAUCUAUUUAGUAUCAAUUUCUCAAGUCAACGCUGGCUCUUUGGCUUAGAAAUGGAGAUGAGCACUACUCCCCCCCCCCCCCCCCCCCCCCAGAGUCGGACACAACUAGACUUAACGUCAGGAUAGCCCCCAGUGGCGCAGUGGGUUAAACCCUUGUGCUGCCAGGACUGAAGACCGACAGGUUGGGGGUUCCAAUCCGGGGACAGCAUAGAUGAGCUCCCUCUGUCAUCUCCAGCUCCCCAUGCGGGGAUAUGAGAGAAGCCUCCCACAAGGAUAGUAAAGCAUCAAAACAUCCGGGCAUCCCCUGAGCGAGCAAUGUCCUUGCAGACGGCUAAUUAUCUCACACCAGAAGCAACUUGCAGUUUCUCAAGUUGCUCCUGACACUAAAAAAGGGGGGAGACUUUUACCUUCACCUUAAGACUGCAACCCUGAAUGUCUACAGGUUGGGCAAGCAAGAAUUUUAAAGUUGCAGUUCACCUUGCUCCACUCACAUUUUAAAAAUUUGACCUGAAAUUUUCUCAGACAAGAAAGACUUGCAACAAAGUGUUGUGAGAUAUUCUUACCUCCUCGUAGAAUGGGUGCUAGCUUGCUAUGCUCUUUUCUAGGGAGGUCCUCAAUCGUUUCGAUUGACAGUCUCUGGUUACUGAAUGUACUGAAUCCUGUUGAACAUGACAGACGCUUGCUGCCUUAGAUUUGUUGUACUUAUGCAACCCUUUCACAUUACACAAUUGUUCCACCUUAAGUGUCCUGGUUCCAUCAUCUGGGAUCCUGAGAUUUUAGGGGAGGAUAGUCAGAAUUCUCUGCAAAAAGAAUCCCCAGCGCUUCUCCAAAUUACAAACCCUAUGAUUCCAUAGUUUGAACCCAUAGUCGUUAACCUAUAGAGCUAUAAUUGUGUAGCCAGAAAGAACUUUCUGUUUUGCUGAUCCUGUUUCUCCAUUUCUGUUGGAUUUCCAUGUUGGAAGUGAUAAACAUAGAUCAGUAUGCUUGUGUUCAUUAACAUUUCAAAAAAUGCUACAUGAGAAGCUACAGCAGGCAUGGGCUAACUUGGGCCCUCCAGGUGUUUUUGGAUUUCAACUUCCACAGUUCCUAACAGCCUCAGGCCCUUUCCUUUUCCCCCUCGGCCGCUUAAGAGUUCAUAGAAUCAUAUAAUCUAUAUUCUAUGGGCCAUCCAGUCCAAGCCCCUGCCAAGAAGCAGGAAAAUGGCAUUCAAAGCACCCCUGACAGAUGGCCAUCCAGCCUGUGUUUAAAAGCCUCCAUCACAUUCCGGACAGAGAGUUCUACUACUAAAUAGCUCUCACAAUCAGGAAGUUCUUCCUAAUGUUCAGAUGGAAUCUCUUUUCCUGUAGUUUGAAGCCAUUGUUCUGCAUCCUAGUCUCCAGGGCAGCAGAAAACAAGCCUGCGCCCUCCUCCCUAUGACUUCCCCUCACAUAUUAAUACAUGGCUAUCAUGUCUCCUCUCAGUCUUCUCUUCUGCAGGCUAAACAUGCCCAGCUCUUUAAGCUGCUCCUCAUAGGGCUUGUUCUCCAGUCCCUUGAUCAUUUUAGUCGCCCUCCUCUGAACACAUUCCAGCUUGUCAACAUCUUCUGCCCAGAACUGGACACAGUUGCACUGAUGUUACUUUCUCAGGAAAUUCUCAAAUAUUGUAAAGCCUUAUAUCAUUAUCCCGGUCACACAAUAAUGUUUUGCACAAUACUAUAUGUCAAACCUUUAUUGAACAAACUCUUCUCCCACUCCCCCUCCACACACACCUUUGUGUUCUAUUUUUGCUCUGUAUCAAAUUGUGUGCUGCAUGUUAGAGUGCACACUACGUUUAAUAACAUUAUUUUUUUGUUUUUCAUUGUUUUGUUUUGGAAUUAUUUCAUUUUCAAAUGAUUUUGGAAUGCUAGGAGGCUAGAAAAAUCAACUAAAUUUAUAAUAUCACAGGCUCUUGGAUGCAAAUGUUAUGCUCUCAACCAAAGUAGCAUUACCCAAGAUAUUCAGGGUAGGUCUGGCCAGCAUCCAAAGAACUAUUUCCACUUUUUUUCGUGUCAUGAGCAACUUGAGAAACUGCAAGUCACUUCUGGUGUAAGAGAACUGGCCAUCUGCAAGGACGUUGCCCAGGGGACUCCGGAUGUUUUGAUGUUUUACCAUCCUUGUGGGAGGCUUCUAUUUGCACUUAGUCUUACCAAGUAUUUUUUUAAAUCCCACCUUCACUUUCACCUCAAGGAUACUGUGAUGUAUUGCAAAUUAAUUUUACAAAUCUGCAUGCAUAAAAAAUAUAUUUGCAAAUUGCACUAAAAUCCCAUUGGGCAUGCAGAUAUAGUGGGAGGGUUCUUGACCUCCUGACCCAGAUAUACAUGUAAAUCAGCUAGACAUUUAUGAUUACUCUUAACACAAUUCAACAUAUGCUUGCCUCAACAUAUGCUUGCCUUCAUUUCACUAUUUAUUUAACUUCAUGCAUUUAAUUUACAUCUUGCCUUCCUCCCAAUAAGGACCCAAGGUGACUUGCAAUGGAAGAACAUACAGCGAUUGAUACAAAAGGGUUUUUUUGUGUGUCAAUAAUGACUUGAAAAACUGCAAGUUGUUUCUUGUGUGAGAGAAUUGGCCGUUUGCAAGGAUGUUGCUCAGGGGACACCCGGAUGUUUUGAUGUUUUACCAUCCUUGUGGGAGGCUUCUCUCAUGUCCCUGCAUGGGGAGCUGGAGCUGACAGAGGGAGCUCAUCCGCACUCUCCCCGGAUUCGAACCUCCGACCUGUCGGUCUUCAGUCCUGCCGGCAUAGGGGUUUAUCCCAUUGCACCACCAGGAGCUCCAAAAAGUGACAAACAAUUAAACAACUAUAUUGACAUCAUUUAGACAGUUUUAAAAGGCAAUUGAAAUAUAGUAGUAGGAGUAAUAGUAAUACAGAUCCCUAUCAUCCCUGCUUGUUAAAUAUGUUGGUUGAGGAUGGUAGGAGUUGUAGUUCAACCAUCUCUGGGGAUCCAAAGUUCAGAACUGAUGAAUUAACACUGUAGAGCAGAAUUGAUGCCUAACAUCACUAAAGCACUGACCAUUGGCCAUUAUACAUGGAAAGAAGAAAAGCAUACACUUUCUCGUUUCCAUUGGUCUUAAUUGGCACCAAACUCUAGCUCUCUUGCUUCCUACUAGAGUGUUAUUUUGCUCCAGAAAAUGGCAUUGACCAUUGAAACAUUUCACAUAUUGCUGUAUUUUUUUUAAAAAAAAACCUGGUGUUUUAUUUUUUAGCUUGGAGUUUGAGACAAAGGACAUUAGCCAUAAUAAAAUGCUAUACUGUAUAUCAGGCAUGGGCAAUCUUUGGCCUUCCAGGUGUUUUGGACUUCCACUCCCACAAUUCCUAACAGCCUUAAGCGGCUGGGGGGGAAAAGGAAAGAGCCUGAGGCUGUUAGGAAUUGUGGGAGUGGAAGUCCAAAACACCUGGAAGGCCAAAGUUUGCCCAUGCCUGUAUAUUGUCAGCUGCCUUUCUUUCUCAGUGUGUAUGAUAACUGCAUAUGGGAGUUGCCUUCCAAAUUAAUAUGUAGUUUAUAAUUAUUGCACUUACUAGAGCCGCUUUCUUUAACUUGCUUGUAUAUUUUACCUUGGCAAGUUUUCUAUAAAUCUUUGCUUCAUCUGUAUAGGGUUUAUGCAUCUUAGCAGCUGUAUACCACUGCGUUUGUGGCAAACCACACAUCAUGGCUUCAGAAAGAAAAACUAUCCGUUGACAGCUAAAGCGCAUAAUGUAUAGGAUCCUUUUACAUUCAUAUAUAUUUGCUGUUAUCUAUGUUGCCAGAUUUAUUUGCAUUCAGGAUGUCAUCUUAUCUUUACAUUGUAAAAGAUCUGUAUUCAGAAAAUGUAUAUAGAAACAUGCAUUCCACUUACUUUGCUCUAACUUGGUUUAUGGUUUAACGUGUAACAAGUUAACAUUUCUCAGAUGUGUCUUAUAAUUUCGUUGUACAGUUCUAAUUUUUGUGAUUUUUUUCAUAGUGUGUGAAAUCCUGGAUGUGAGCUUUAAAUAUUUGAAGGCCAAAAUUAUCAUGUUUUUCUAUAUUUGGUUCGCUCACUGUUUUGUGCAAUGACACCGAGAUCGAAGAAAUGGAACGACACACCAUGCCUAAACAGAACUGCCAUUUCAAAUUCGAACAGAUUUAGAGAUCUGAAUUCCAGGCUUAUAUUGUAGAAUAUGUUUUUGUUUCAUCGCUGAAAAUUAUUAUUUCAACUAUCUGUAUUACCCUGACACCAAAAACUAUUUUCAUAUCAAUGCAUUUGCAAAUAAAAUAGAGAGUGAGCAAUUUAAGUAAUA